UGUGAGCGUGGGAAGCUGGCUCCGUGGCGUGGACGGCCAGAGUGUGCUGUCCCCAGCCUCGGUUUUCCCCUCCGUUAAUAUGUGUUGUCAAAGGUCCUUUCUUGGGAGAAGGACUUGAGUGAGAUGCAUGUGGAGAUUUCCCCCACGUGGAGACGAGGGAAAUGGGUGCCUGAAUUUGUAUCUCUGUCCUUGGGACCCGCGCUGGGGAUGCUUGGGUAGUUCAGAGGUCAACUAUGCCAAACCUGUGACUGCCUUCGAGCAUACUUAGACGUUUCUUCCCUGGGCAAAUGAUAGAGCUCACCUAUUCUGGCGUUCCAGAUCACAAGAGUUUCAGCUGGUUGGCCCUGCAACCCCCUCAGUUUACAAAUGAGACUGAGAUCUAGAGAGGGGAAAUGGCCUUCCUAAUACCAUACUGCUGGAGAAUUGUGGGGCUUCCCUGGAACCCAGGCUUCUUGAUUCAGAAGGAAGUCCUUCCAUCAUUUCACAUUUCACAUUAUCUGAGAGGUUACUCUGAUGUCUUUCCUCUCUCUUUUAAAUCCUACGGAGAUGGGUCUUAUCUUACUGGUUCCCAAGCCUAUGGACUCCGUUAUCAGGAUCACUUUCUUCCCCAGGGUAGACUACAAACCUCCAGAUGUUGGCCUAUGGGAUUCAGCAGAGGAUGAGUUGUCCAUCCUCUCACUGGUAAGCUGUUUUUCCCAACUGUUCUCCCACCAUCCACCGUCAUCAUGUCUACCUUACUCCUCAAUCUGGAUUUUGGCGAACCUCCCCCUAGAAAGGCAUUAGAAGGGAAUGCCAAGCACCAAAAAUUUGUCAAGAAGCGGCGGCUCUUGGAGCGGAAAGGCCUUCUGAAUAAGAAGCAGCAGCACCCUAGCAAGGUCCCUAAGUUAAACUCAGAACCUUCAAAGAAAGGGGACACUCCCAAGGUGGAUGGCACUUGGAAGGCCCCUCCCCUUCCAAAAAAGACGACUGCUGCUUCCAGCAGUGGGUCAGAGCAGUCCCUGGACAAGAAAGCUGCAGUGCCUUGGCUGACCCCUGCUCCUUCACAGAAAGCUGGUUCUGCUUUGGCUAAAGUAGAUUUACUGGGGGAGUUUCAGAGUGCCCUACCAAAGAUGAAGAGCCUCCCAAUUCGCCUCCAGAAGAAGGGCUCCCAGAAGAACCCUCCUCAGAAGACUGCCCCACAGAUCUCCACCCAAGCUCAUUCAGAGAAUAAAUACCCUGGAGCAUCCCAGAAGAUGCCAACGAAGAUGGUGGCAAUUGACUGUGAGAUGGUGGGCACAGGACCCAAGGGGCAUGUCAGUUCCUUGGCUCGAUGUAGCAUUGUCAGCUACAGUGGAGAUGUGCUUUAUGAUGAGUACAUCCUUCCCCCCUGCCACAUUGUGGACUACCGGACCAGAUGGAGCGGUAUCCGGAAGCAGCACAUGGUGAAUGCUACACCCUUCAAGAUUGCUCGGAGCCAGAUCUUGAAGAUUCUCACAGGGAAGAUAGUGGUGGGGCAUGCCAUCCACAACGACUUCAAAGCCCUUCAGUAUUUUCACCCUAAGUCCCUCACCCGAGAUACCUCCCAUAUCCCCCUCCUCAACCGUAAGGCCGACUGCCCAGAGAAUGCCACCAUGUCUCUGAAGCAUCUCACCAAGAAGCUGCUGAGCCGGGACAUCCAGGUUGGGAAAAGCGGACAUUCCUCUGUGGAAGAUGCUCAGGCCACCAUGGAGCUGUACAAGUUGGUUGAAGUUGAGUGGGAACAGCACCUGGCCCAGAAUCCCCCAAAAGACUAGUGCCAGUGGGGACACUGGUGAUGUGGGGAGGCAGAGGCAGCACCACACCCAGGAGAACAGGGCAGUGGACAGCUCUACCGGCUCUACACCUUUGGAAACUAGAGUUGUUGGGGAGAGGCUGAGGCUCCACCCCAGACUUAAUAUCCAUUAAAAUUUCACCUCAGGUGUUGUUAAGUGUUCCAUGGAAGGAGGAAGGCUCCAUGUUAGAACCCAGCCCUAUAGGCUGUUUACCUCUUAAAUGGUGCUAACCCUGGGUCCCAGGGUGCUUUGCUCCUGGGAAAGUCUUUUGACUUUCAAGGGGCAGGGCAUGCUGGGAAGUGUAGUUUCCCAAACUGCCUUAUCACUAGGGUGACCAUAUGUCUCAUUUUAUGCCUUUUGUUCUCAAGUAAUUAGCAGCACUGUGUUGAACUUUCCAAAAGUAUCCUGUUGGAUGAUAACUUUUUGAUCACAGUUCAUCUCUCAGACUUCUUUUGGCUCAGAGUCUACAUCCAGUCUGUGUCGGGAUAUCACCUGUUCUUUCCACCUUGACUUCCAGAGGAGCCAUCCCUGGUGAGGUUUAGUUCUUACGGUUACAAGGCAGUAGAGGUAAGAGAGUGUGACUUGGAAAUCAAUUUUUCUGAUUUAGGAAAGCAGCCUCUUUCCUAAAGUGAUAGAGGAUUUAUUUAAUU